AAAACAUAACCUUACUUACUGUUAACUGUUUUAAAAUGUCAGAUUAUGGGGAUGAUGAUGACGAUGAUGUUCCGCAAUUAUCAGCCGAAACUUUUGCGGUUUUGCAGGAAUUUUACAAAGAACAAGAAGAACGGGAAGAGCAGUUGAAAUCGAGUUCAGACAAUGGAGAAGUGGCGAUUGUUGAAGACUGGCAACUAAGUCAAUUUUGGUACAACAAUAACACGAUCGAAACACUAGUAAAAAUAGCAGUAAAAUCCGUCGGGCCUCAGGGGAAAAUAGCCCUAAUAUCAUGCCCUAGUUUAUACAAGAAACUUCGAGAAGAAGCUGGAUCCGAUCGUGAAAUAACUCUGUUUGAAUUCGACAAACGAUUCUCCACGAUAGGAGAAGAUUUUACAUUUUACGAUUACAAAUCUCCGCUGAAUGUUCCAAAAGACAAGGCCGGUUAUUUUGAUCUAGUGUUAGCAGAUCCUCCUUUUCUCUCUGAGGAAUGUCUCACCAAAACUGCUGUGACAAUCAGGUUUUUAACCAAGAAUAAAAUAGUCUUAUGCACGGGUGUCAUAAUGGAAGAUCUUGCUCGUAGAUUGCUGGACUUAAAAAAGAGCUCAUUCGAACCCAAACAUAAUAAUAACUUGGCAAACGAAUUUGCUUGUUUCGCAAAUUUUGAUAUAAACACUUUAAUAUAGCAAAAGAAAGUAA